GCACAUCCGCUUUGGUGGCUCCAAACAGGAUGUGGACCUGUCAUUUUCCGCAUCGUGUAGCUCCCUGUUUAUUUGUCACGGCUCUUUCUUUUCUGUCAAGUUCUCGACGAGUUAAAAUGCCAGCCGUGGAUAAAAAAAAGAAGGCUGAGGCCGGAGACAAGAAACCAAAGGCCGAUGCAGCCAAGGCAACAAAACCUGCUGCUGCCAAGAAAGAAGCUGUUCCAGCGAAAAAAGAAACUGCUAAAGCUAAGCCAGUUGAAGCUAAGAAAGUAGCUCCAGCACCAAAACCAGCUGCUCCAGCAAAAAAAGAAGAAGUCAAGGAGGAUGCACCUAAAAAGACUUUUGAAAAGAAGGCCGCUGCAGGAAAGGUAGCUAAGCCACCAAAGGCUAAAGUUGCCCAAGCGGUAAAAGCCGGCAACGCUGCUAAAAAUGUUUUGCGUGGAAAAGCAGUGCAAAAGAAAAAGAAGGAACAUCUUCGAUUUGGCGUUGAUUGUACCAACAUUGCUGAAGACAACAUUAUGGAUGUAUCGGACUUUGAAAAAUACCUUCGUGAACACUUUAAAGUUCAUGGCAAGACAGGUAAUUUGGGUCGUAAUGUUACCUUUGAAAAGCAAAAGUUCAAGGUUUACGUAAACUCCGAUGUACACUUUUCCAAACGGUAUUUGAAGUACCUAACUAAGCGCUACUUGAAGAAGAACAGUUUGCGUGAUUGGAUCCGUGUCGUUUCCAACGAUAAGGACUUGUAUGAGUUACGUUACUUCAGAAUUGUUUCAAAUGAUGAUGAUGAAGAGGAUAACGAAUAAACAAAUAAACUUGAAAUGCCAACUGCAUAUAUUGCGUUGUGAAGAA